AUGCGCUUCAUUUCAUUCCUUGUAGCUUUUGGAGCUGCGAAUGCAGCAAUCGACGUCCAGCUUGUAUGGCGCCUCGAGAAGGACUCCGAACACUCUUCUGUGAGCGCCCUUGACCUGAAGAAAGGCACCCUACUUGCUGGAUCUUGCGGCAGCACCCUUGAGGCCGACACCCCCAUCGACUUCUCGAACGUCGACAAAGACGGUAAUGGAAACUUUACCGUUGGUGAUGCAAACUACCGAGUCCACUCGAAGCCCGAGUUCUCGGGCGGCCCUUCGUGCUCCAAGACGUUCAACGCCAAAUACUCCCUGGUUCAGUGUUCUGGCGUGAAGUGGCCUGGUACUCCAGAUAGCGCUAAGGGUAACGCCACGGACUGUUUCAAGGACGAGGACUCGCAGGCCACUUUCCAUGCUCUUGAGGCCCGCGGUCUUUCUCAUGAGCUGCAUUCGGCUCACAGACGAGAUAGGCACCAGAAUGACGAGAGACAGUUUUGUUCCUGGUACACCACCACGAACCUGGUCGAUGAUGGCAUGUUUGUAGUUUCGACUUCUACUAGGCUGCAGUCUAACAUUUUGCAGGCAACCCGCAUCAGAACUAUCUCCAUAAACAACUCUCGAACUGGGCUGACCAUCUUGUCUAAUCAGGAAACUAUCAACUGCGGCACUGCCGAGUCAUGCUCGGUUGGUAGUAUGCAAUCAAAGUCCUUCACAAUUGGAUGGAGUUCCGAUUUCAGUGGCGUGCCAUGGAUCUCGGGAGGCUUCAGUGUGUCGGAAAGCUGGACUACGGGCAACUCCUAUACAUGCAAUGCUGGAAAAGGAGAAACGGCGUGCAUCUGGUACAACACCGCCCACACGGCUUAUACUGUACGUGAGACCGCACGAAACUCAUGUGGCGGCUCUUAUACUGCGCGCGGCCCAUAUAUUCUCUUCUCCCCUAACGAGCAGAACCGCGGGGGUGGAUACUAUUGUGUCAUUGGUACCUGCCGCUCGCAGGGAGACGAAUACUGGGAUAAGUCGGGUCGUGCCGGUGGUCCUUAA